AUGGCUCUUCAAACCAAUGUAUUCCGGAAUGGUGAAUGGGUCACCCGCACCGUCAGCCCGGGAGACUUGUUUGCAGCGGCUUCAUCGCAAACCAUUAAACAGCCAAAACGGCUGUCCGCUCCACCAACUUACGGCCUUUUGACCAGAACCGUCAUUGAAAGUCCUGUCUUCAAUUGGGUCUUGCCAGUACAACUGAGGUCACCCAAAUACAAUGAUGUUGUAUUUGUUGGGGACAAUUUUGUGCAAGUCUCCGAGCUUGGACAGGAUAUUCAGCUUCACGACAUUGCCAGAAAGCAAGAUUUUGGAUCUCGAAUUCGCAAUGCCUGUGUUAUUGGAUCUCCAGCGCACUAUGGCGAAGAUGCUAGUGUGAACGAGAUGAAAGCUGAAGAUGAUGAUGUGGACAUGUUGACAGCAACCUCCCAUGGCCAGCUUCCACCACAACUGGUUGCAUUGGUUCUCGAGCGAGGCGACUUGGUCUUUCUCUUCCUCGAACAAGAUACUUUUGGCCAGUGGCAUUUUGUCUCACAUGGUGAAAAAAUCCCAGAUACCCGCCUGAUGCUGCCCGGCUAUCACCUGGCAGUGGAUCCAAGUUCGCGAUAUCUGGCUCUGGGUUGUUCAGAGACACAUUUCCAAAUUUGGAAUCUGGAAUCAAUCGAUACUCUUCGGGACCGCCGCGCAAGAGGGCUGCCCUUUAGACCCGUCACAAAAUCGGUCAUUCCAAAAGCCGUGACUGGGGUUAUACACAAGAUUGCCUUUCUCUCACCUGGCGCAGACAAUGAAGAGAACGUUGUCCUGACAUUGAUACUUGUACACAAGGGUAGUUCCAAAUUACAUCGGUUCGAGUGGGAACUUACAGAUGACGUGGCCUACUCUUUACGUCAACCAAGUCCAGGGUGGGCACUCGCUCCGGAUUACCAGAUGCCUCUGUUGAUGAUCCCCUCGACGAUUCGAGAGAGUUUUUUACUGGUCACGGAGACAAGCCAAGCCCAUUGGGCAACACUUAGGAACGGACAGCUCGAAGCACAAGUUGUUGAGAUGGAAGAGCGCGAUCAGACCGAACUACACAUUGGCAAUACCAUGCCUUUGUGGACCGCAUGGAGCAGGCCAUGGCGCUUGCCAGAAUACCACCUUGACAAGGAUACCAUAUGGAUGGCGAGGGAGGACGGCAUCCUACAAUUCCUCGAGAUUGCAGCCGUGGGUGGAAUUUCCACCAAUGUAAUCUUGGGGGAAGUCAAAUGCAAGAUAGACACAGCCUUUGCUUGUCUGUAUGACCGGUUUGCGGACAUUCUCAUCACUGGCGGUGACUCGGGUCCUGGUGCAAUAUGGCGGGCCGAGGCGAGACAAGCACCAAGUCACAUCGGAACUAUACCAAACUGGUCCCCAACAGUAGACAUUAUAUCUACCAAGCCUAUACAAGUUUCUCAGUCGGAUGGCAAGAAACAUCGAUCUCGCAAUGCUCAAAAUGGCGAGUCGUGUUCACGACAGGACCAGCUAUUCGCAUGUGCUGGUCGAGGCCAGACUGGAUCAAUUGUCGAAUUCAGGUAUGGCUUUGAGGCAAGAGUCGGUUUUGACUUUGACCUCGAAGAUCAUGUGCAGCAAUGCUGGACAAUGAGGAGUCCGGCAAACAGUCCAGACUCUGAACUUUGCCUGCUGCUGGCCUAUCCCGACAAAUCUACCAUUGUCCACAUUGAUAUUGAUACCCUCGCAGCCACCUUCAAAUCCCAGGAAGAAGUGCCUUUUGACCUAUUUUCAACCACAUUAGCAGCAGAAGAGCUCGAUGAUGGAACAAUAAUCCAGAUUACGACGGAUUUUGUCACCAUUGUUGAUCCUUUAGAUGGCCAUCUGCGACACCCUAUGAGCCAUGUCGUGGGUAAUUCUGAGGCUGUUGUUACUGAUGCGACGGCAAGAACGGAUCUGGUAGCCAUAUCGUAUUAUUCUGGCCCUGAUUUUCGCGUCAGCAUAGGACGCGUAAGUGGCCUCGAUUUGAAUCUAGGCCCAACAUAUAACAUUAGCGGAGAAGUCACAUGCCUUGCGUGGUCCAAAUUUGCAGGAGAGAGUGCCUUGUUGGUCGGUGUCUGGGACCGGGAAGCGGGCAAGCCGCUACUCAUGGUAUUUUCGACGCAAAUCAGCCCAGAAAAUCAAACGCCGGAACCAAUCCGUCUUGACAUUGUCCAACUCUUGCGCGCGCAACAGCCUGACAACAAUCCCCUCGCCGGCAUGCACCCGACUGAGGCCUUUACCAGCAUGGUUUCCAUGGAGCAUAAGGAGGGAUAUGCUACGAUCUGCAUAGGCUCCAGAAGUGGUGAAGUCAUAACACUAGCACUGGACCCGAAUAACAUGCAGACCUUUCAAGGCACGUGCGACAAGUUUGGCUCAGCAGGAGCAUAUGUAUUCCCAAUGAGUACAGAGUCGGAACCGUCGUCUCUCUUCGUCUGCUGUGAUUCGAAUGUCUUUUUUCUGUCCAGCCGGGCAACGAGGGGGAGACCUAGAUUUGAGAAGAAGGACCGCGUCUGGGUGACUGGUGUCGAGUCUGAGACGAGUACGUCUCCUGACGUGAGCACUGUUGGCAGAAUGCGACGAAAUCUGUCACAGGUUGCCGGAAAAUCAACGCUCACCAUGGUGUCUGGGUCCUCUAUUUACUUUGCAGAGUUACAAAGUGUUUCCAAGCCCGUCUUGCGUCAUCUCCCUGUUCUUGGGACUCCCUACAAAGUCAUGUAUCACCCGAGGCUGGAUGUCCUGGUUGUGGCGGUUCUGUAUCGUGGCUGCCCGACCCUACGAUUCAUCGAUCCCGUCACUGGCGUGGAUCUCUCAAUGCCGACUGAUUCCGGGGGCGUUGAAGUCCCAUUCAUCACUGGUCUCGGAAGACCCGGCUCUCGGAUCUUGGCAUUGUCAGACUGGAAUUAUGAAAAGGACGGCCGCACCUGGAGUUACCUUGUGGUGUCGGUACGACUUCCUGACGGCCAGGGCCAAGUAUUGGUUAUCACGGCAAGCAAGGAUGAGAGCCGGGUAUCGGAUGGCCCUUUGAGAAUACGCUUCUUCACCAAACUGAAGAGGACGGGAUACGCGGACCCAGUUUGGUCGAUCGCGACCGAGGCCCAAGGAUUACUUCUCUGCACUGGGAACACAAUCCAGUACGAAAUACUUGACUUGGAAGAGAAGAAACUAAGAAAAGUAAAGGAGCAUGUUCUCGCCUCGCCCGCAACUUCAAUGGAGGUUGUCCAUGACAGACUUUACGUCACAACUACGCGCCAUUCGCUUGAGAUUGUGGACUUUAAAAGUUCACCCAAUGCAGAAACAAUGACACGACUAAAUACGGAUGACAAGGCCAGACCGGCACUGCACUGUCUCGACGGUGUCGACACUUCAAGGAAAGGAAACCACCAGGGCGUGAUACUUGUGUCGGAUAAUUCUUGCGGAGUAUGGGGGAUGUGGGCUCCAGCCGAGAGCGACAGGCCUUUCAAAUCAAUCUUUCUAGCAGAACUGCGGGCAUCAGUCAAGCGUUUCGUCCGCGCAAGAACUAGAAUGCCCUGGAGUGGCCCCGAGCAGCAAUCAUUGUAUGGGCAUGUGCCAAGCAGCCGUGACGGUGCGGAUAUCCUUGGACUUGGUAUCGAUGGGUCCUUGAGACAUUUCACAAUACUGGACGCGUCAGCUUGGCGACUUCUCCGGUUCAUUCAGAACCUUGCCGUUGCCUCGCCAAACAUUUGUCAUCCUGCUGCGUCUUAUGCAGAGAUUGGCAAUGGUGAAGAUGGUGAGUUUGAGGCCAUGGACACCGAUUGGGACCCGGAACCCAAGAGCUCGCCUAUAAUGAACAUGCAUGUCGACGGGGACAUCCUCCAGCGUUGUCUGGACCUUCGGGCUUUGGAAAAGUUGACUAUAAACAAGGAGCAUGCAGCUCGUCUUUGCAAGCUUCUGGAAAGUCUGGAAGGUGGAAAAUACACACGGGAACUACAAGACGAUGGCGAAAUGACUGCAUACGUUGAUCUUGCCUACGAAGUACUUGAGUACUACCUCUCGCCAGUAUUAUGA